AUGAAGAGGUAUCUUUAUGUGCGUAAAAAACUUCUUACAACUCUUCCAACAACCGUUGUUGACCUUGAGCCUCACCAGAUACAUACGUCUUAUGAAUAUGUUGGUCAUAUGAUUCAAGCAGAAUCUGAGGAAACAGAGCGUGAUGAGUAUCUGCAGAGGCUGAUGGAUCUUCCCAAUCAGCAAUGGGUGGAAAUUAUAGGAUAUGCACACGAAAAUAUGGAUUUAUUGAAAGAUCAAGAUGUCAUUAGGAUUGUGCUUAACAUAUUGAAGACAAAUAAAAGUGUUUCCACUAGACUUGGAACAGAUUGGAAAGUAAUUUGUGCCCCUGAUUAUGGAUCAUGUGCAAGAAACUAA